UGCUCUAAAAAUAGAUUUGGAGGAGAGGUUUCUCUUGGGUCCAGUUUCAGGUUCCAGCUGAGCUGGCGUUAGGAAACCUGUUUGCUCCUGUUGCAAACAGGAGGUUAACAGUGAAGAUAUUUCUUAUUUUGCCUUCAGCAUUAACUUUUGGGAAUACUGACACAUUCGCUCUGUUGGUGGAAAUCGAGCACUAAUGUUAUGGCUGACGACACAGAGACUAAGCAUGGAGGAAGCAAGAAUGGAAAGAAAGAAGGCCUCUCUGGAAGCUCAUUUUUCACCUGGUUUAUGGUAAUUGCUUUGCUGGGAGUUUGGACAUCAGUAGCAGUUGUCUGGUUUGAACUUGUAGAUUAUGAAGAAGUUCUAGCCAAAGCAAAGGAUUUCCGUUAUAACUUGUCAGAGGUCCUACAAGGCAAACUUGGGAUAUAUGAUGCUGAUGGAGAUGGAGAUUUUGAUGUGGAAGAUGCUAAAGUAUUGCUAGGUGAUGAGCCAGGAGGGGUAGCCAAGAAAAAAACUAAACUCAAAGUAAAAGAAGCUAUUAAAGAAUCACUCAAGAAAUUGAGGGAGAAGCAGGAAUCCAAGAAGGAGGAAAAUGAAGAAGAAAAAAAGAAAACCAAGAAAGGAAAAGAUGCUACUGAUCGAAAGGACAAGAAAGCUGUUGAUAUGAAUAAAUUAAAGAAAGAUUCUGACAAGGCUAAAAGAGACAGAGGAAAGGAAAAAGGCCUAGACAAAAGUAUAAAAUCGAAGGACACUACAAAAAAGUCAGCCAGUGAAAAGAAUGGCACUGUUCAGGUGGGAAAAGACAAAGAAACAAAAAAGAUAGUUAAAAGCCAAUCCAAGGAAGACAAGAAAGAAAAGAAAUAAACAAGAGUUCCUGUUCUGCUAAUGAGGAACAGACAUCCAGAAUGUAAAAUUCAGCGUAUUUAUAUGAAUGUGGUAAAUAUGGCAAUAAGAAAAUAAUGUUUUCUGGAAAUAAGUGUGAACAAAGGCUAUAUAUACUAUUUUUUAAAAACUGUUCAGUGUGUAUACUGGUAUUGUAAACACAAAGCAGAAACAUCUGCUGUGAAACUCAAGUAUGUACAUAUGUUAAUGUGCCUGGCUAUCAAUGUGUAUUGAAAACAUUCAAAUGUCAAAUUUAUGCCAGUUACUUCAAGUCUACUCUAAAUAUGGGUUUGGGUUUUGUGAUUUUUUUUUUCCUUUCUUGUUUGUUUGUAUUUACUUGAUGUGGAGAUAAAAUUCUAAUGUUAUAUAUGAAAUGCAAGUUUAAAGACAAUAUUAACAGGCUUAUCUGGACACAUGUAGUGGAAACCCAAAAUUUUUCUAUUUCACAGAAACAACCAAGAGGAACAUUAAUGGACUGUAGUGUCACAGGAACUAAACAAAUAAAUGCAACUUAUUCUCUCCCAAACUUUUUCCCUAAGGAAGCUUUUUCCUGAGAAAACUAUUUUGUACAUAAAUAGUCGAACCAACUUGAGUGUUGCACUUUAGCAUGAGACCCCAGGGUAUACUAAAUCAAAAUGUUCCUACAUUUUUGAUCCCAUGACAAUAUGUUUCUGCUUUUCUUCCAUUCCCUAUUUAUUUAAUUAUUUUAUUUCUCUAUAUUUCAAUAUAGUGUUGGAAAGCUUGAUUCAUUAUCACUUUUUAUUUAACUGUGGCCUAAUUUUUUUCCAACUUUGCCAACCUUUUGGUGAUGAAUACUGCUGAAAAUUAGGCCACCUAUUUCAUCAUUGAUGGGUAUUGUUGUAUUCCAAUUACAUUUAAGAUGUGAUAUGCUAGUGCUACUCUAUUCUGGUUGAACUUGUUUAGAGAAAUCUUAUAUAUUUUUGCAGCUAUUAUCUUCUUCAACACUUUCAAGUGCAUGAUGCUUCUAUAAGCAAAAUCUUGUGUUAGUUAGUUCUUACAGAUUCUGUAUUUUUAGCAUAAAGGAAGGAUUUAUCCAGCAGUCUCUUUAGAAUAAAACUCCAAAACAUUUCUACAGAAAUAAUAGAGAGAUUUCGGUAUUAUUAGGUCUACAGUUGCUUUCAAGUUUAUUUAGAAAUGAAUAUUUUCCAAAUAAAUUUGAAAGCAAGUAUAUUGCACAGAAUUGCACAAUGUAAAUACACAGGAUUCAGAAAAAAAAUUGUAAUGUAAGUUUAAGAUUGAUUCUUGAUAUACUGCAGCAUUAGUUUCAAGAAAACAAAAUUAAGGAGUUAAAUUGAGAAUGAGUAUAUAUAUGCAUGUGAAUGGUAAUUUAAGAUUGAAGUCCUGAAGGUUGAUUCUGUUUGUGGUUUUGCUAAAAUUUUGUUUAUAACAGUUGGCAGUACGCUUACCUCAGCCGUUCCAUACAGAUGUCUACAUCAUGCUUUGAGCCCUAGAAUUAUAAGAUGUGAUAAUAAGGUUGAAGUUGAGUUGAUAUUUUUUUUUUUUAGAGAAAGUAAAAUAUUCAAAUAAUUAUGAAAAAUAGUUCAAAUUAAAGCUGUAGAAGACAGUACAAUAUCUUAAGAUUCUGGCUGUGAUAAUUCACAGAGAUUAUCUACUCUGAGGUAUUAUCUAAAUAUUUUAAAUUCAUGAAGAGGGAGGGAAGAAAUGUGCAUUGUGAACUUUACAGUGUCUAGCAAAAAAUAUGAGAGAAUGAAGAUCUAAUAAAAGCACUUCCAUAAUAAACAUUCUCUGUUAGAUUUUGAUGAUGAUAGAUAUAUUUAUUCAGCUUUUCUCUGGUAUGUGUUAAAAUGCAAAUUUGACCAGAGGAGCAUUCAAAUCACACUUCUCAAGGAUAGUGGCACAGUGGUGUAGUGCACUUCACUUUUUAUUUUGUCACAUAGUGUGACAGAACUUGUAACUAUGUGGGAGUGAAAUUUGAAAUGAAUUGCUGUUCUGAUUAACAUAUUGUAUCUAUGGCCCAAAGUUUAUGGGGUUCUGGAAAGGUUGGGUUGUUUUAUUUUUUUUCCUUUCCAAAGUAAAUUUUAUAUAGCACUCCAGGCUAUACAGACAGCAUGAAAUAAAGCAUUUUUCCCCCAGAUAUCUGUUGUGUUGUUGUAUAUCUCUAUGAAAUAUUAUUGUCAUUAACUUAAUGCAACAAGUUACCACAUAGGCUCAAAAAAUGUGCCAGACAAGUAAAAGCUAAAUGCAAUUUUAGUAAACAGAAGAGAAAAAAUAGUAUCUUACAAAAAGUAAAUGAUUUACUAUAUUACAUACUUGACAAGAUUGAAUAGAAAUCAGUGUUAAGCAGGAUAGAUGUGUAUAAAACGCUUGAAGGUCAAGUUGAGAAAUGUGCAAGAGAAACAAAGAGACUUGUUGGUUCCUUCUUUCCUGUUAAGUACCCAUAGUGCUUGCUGGGUGUGGAAUAUUGGCUGUGUUGAAAUGCUUUGAAUUCAUUUAUUGUUCAUGAAGCAGAGCGUGUGGUUGUCUGGAACUGAACAUGUGGUUAAUUGAAGAUACGAAGACUGAUUUAAAGCAGUAUAUGUGUAAAGUAUCUGAACUGUGUUUGUGAAAGCAAGGUGGCUGUUUCCAUGCUUUUGGAUUCUGAAAUGUGAGAGAGUGGUUAAUAUGACUUACUGGUUUUGUCUCCAUCCUAAGAUGAUUGCAGAAGGAAGUAACUUCUUACUCUUGUAGCCAUUAAUAUUACUGCAGGAAAAGAUGAAUAUCUUAAUGGUAUUUUCUAAUAUUCUAGGUGGGUGUUUUUUUAAUGACUUAAGAAAAUUGGCCAAAAACUAAGUGUGGAUUUGGAAUUUUUCUUCUAGCUUCUUAUUUUGACUCCAAAGUGGAUACAGCCUACCUACCUAUCUUCGAAUAAUUUAAAUUUAAGUAAUAUAAAAAGAUAGACUUAAUUCUAUUGUCCUGUAACCAUUACUUGAAAUAAAUACAUGUUUUUCUCACAAUGCAUAAAUU